AUGCCUGAGAAAGCCCAUAGAGGUUGGAAGGUGUCUGUGUCUCCAGAGUGGGAUGUUCUUGGCCCGUUUCCGAUCCAUGCUCGAGAGCAGCACUUCCUCUCGCCAUGCUUUCCAUUGAACCUUUCCCAGCCCAUCGACCUCAAUGCAACUUAUCCUUCCGCAUACGCCGACGGAGGAUUUGUCGGUUGGACGAAAGCUCGCUCCCAGGAUGAUGGGAUCCUCAAGGUAUCUUUCCCAGACGUCAGGUGGGAGUCGCUUCGUGCGACUGAAGGCUGGGCAGCCUUGCAGCACCAUAGCGUGCUCCGUUCGACCGUGACUGUAUACCCGCCCAGUGAAGCAGAGGAGCUCCCGGAAGAGCCCCCUCAAUUACUCGUGAACUUAUUGCAAGGCUCCUUCUUUGCCGUGGUCCCUGUCGGGGAACUCCCAAAUGGUCUCGUACCCGAGUGGCAUGCCGGCAAUAUCUAUGAUAUGGCGCGAUCGCCCGUGAAUGUAGUGGCUUUGCCAGUUUCCCCAUCGCGCACUGCGCCAACAACUUACAGCAUAUUUGUCAGCGGAGACUACGAGAUUCGACUCUUUGGAGACCCUGUCCACGCCGGAGGGAAUACGCCCACAGUCUCAAUCACCCUUACGGUCGGGGUCGAACAGUCCACACCUUCCGUCAGACGGGAUGCCUCCCAAGAUGUUUCUUGCGAUCUCGUAGACGGCUGGGCUUUUGGAGAUGCUUUGGGUGUUGGCCUCUAUAGUGCUAAUGGUUGGUGGACAGUCAAGAGCAUCACCCGUAUAGAGCUUGACUUGGUGCAACCGACGCGAUUAGCUCCCAACCAGCACCGCGCGGUUCCAAUCAAGUUGACCCAGACCCAGCCUGUCGAAGUCGAGCAAUUGACAUUCGCGCUGGAACUGGCAUCGGACCACGCAACCUCCGUGAUUGAGGUCGUGAUACCAGUGCGGAACACGGCCCCUUGGACGGCAGCGCGCGACCAGUCUUUCAGCAUCAAAGCCUCGUAUUUCUUCGCGUCGACUACGCCGACGGCAUUCCAAGUAGCGCCGCCGGAUGAACCCAACAUUGGGGCCCCUCGGCCUCCUGUUCUCGCUCUACACGGGGCGGGUGUGGACAUUUUCGAGCACGACUUCUGGAUCCAAGCUAUACCACGUGAGCAGCACAGCUGGAUCAUCACGCCGUCCGGUCGCACUCCAUGGGGCAUGGAUUGGCACGGGCCGAGCAUGCAUGACGCAUGGGGCACGGUAGACGCGUUGUACGACAUUCUUAGUCGGAGAGACGAGUGGCAGGAUUGGGCUAUUGCCCCGAAAUCAAAGGUUCUCCUGAUAGGCCACUCGAACGGCGGUCAGGGGGCCUGGCAUAUCGCCGCUAGAUUCCCGGAUAGAGUGAUCGGGGUCGUACCAGCUGCAGGAUACAUCAAAUCCCAAUCCUACGUUCCGUGGGUCCAGUCGAGGUCUGCUCAUUACAUUGAUCCCGGACUGCGGGCUAUCCUGGACUCGUCUUUGACACCGGAUGACAACGACCUAUUUUUGUCUAACCUUGUCGAUACCCCAAUACUUGCGAUACAUGGCGGUGACGACGACAACGUUCCUGUAUGGCAUACACGAGAAGCUGUUUCGGUACUGAAGACAUGGAACCCUGACGCCAACGUGACGUACGUGAGAUUUCGCGAGGACCCGGGCGAGCCGCAUUGGUAUCCAUCCAUAUUCUCCAGCGACCAAGCCCGGUCGUUUGUGACCAAAACGCUCGAUAACACAGGCGCAGAGGGCGGCACGAUUUCGUCGAGUUUCACGCUCACUGUGGCGCUCCCCAGCGACUCUGGCUCCCUGCACGGCUGGUCAAUCCACAGUCUUCGUGUUCCCGGCAGGCUCGCUAGGCUUACUGUGGACCUGAAGCAAGGGGCGAUCCAGGUACGGACGAGCAACGUGAAAGCGUUCUCCGUCCGUAUCGGCGCGCUCCCGGUGCAAGUACGGAACACACCCUUUGUGCUCGACGGCCAACGGCUUGAGCUAGACGAAGGGACGUGGAACUUGACUGACUUCACCUUAGCACUCUCGCGAGAAGACGGCCGCUGGACGCCACACUCCUCGGACGAGAUCAACGUACCGUCUCCAUGCGGGCGGAUGGCCAGUAUACUCAGCUCUCCGGGACUGCUCACCAUCGUGAUACCGGCGAAGCAGCAGGGCGCGGAGCUAUCAGCAGCAUUACGUCUGGCUCAUAACCUCAACGUCUACCAUAGACUGGACGCGGAGAUUAUCGAUGUCAAAGAGGCCUCGCGGAGGCUGGACGGCUCGUCCCUGAGUCCUGGCAAUGUUGUGGUCCUAGAGCAGGGCUCAUUGAGCUCGUUCGCGAAGUCGAUAUUGGGGAAAGCGGAGACUCCGUUUCAAAUGCGGGGCGGCACACUCGAACUGCAGGGACGUCUCCUGAACGAGCCGAACACGGCGACGCUCUUCCUACACCCACACCCCACGCGCGCGGACGCCUCCGUGCUGUUUGUGUACGGCGGUGGGCCCGCGGGACUAGAGCGCGGCCUACGUCUCUUCCCCAUCCGCACCGGGAUUAACGUUCCAGACUGGAUUGUCGUUGGAGCUCACGCUGACGAACGAGGUGCAGGAGGAGUGGAGGGUGCCGGGGUCUGGGGUAACGACUGGAGCUGGAACGAGGGCAUGUCCGCAUUCUAA